AUGACCCUUUUGUCUCUCUACAUUGCUCAAGUUCGCUGGGUGGACCCUUCGACUGAAUCUCUUAACGGCCUUCAGUUUGCAGCCAAGGGUCACGAAACCCUCAUCCUAGUGUCACUGGGAGACAUUCUUCUGCACCAAAUAUCCUACGGCUUGAAGCGCCAAGAUGUUGGUGUGCCGCUUGGCUUUUUGUCGUCUCCCUUGAAUCUCUCAGCACCUUUGCGAUAUCUCAUCAGUCGUCAGUUAUGGGCUCCAGCGUUGCAUUCUGGCAGGGCAGCUCAGUAUCGACGGGCUACAACAGGGUUGAUCAUGUUGAUAUCCAUACUGUGCCUUGCAGCAAGUCCACUGUCCGCCAUUGCCAUGAUCCCUCGCCAGGAUUGGUGGAAGGACCACCAUUUUGACCCAACUUACAAAUUCCUCCCCAUAUACGACCCCACCCAGUGGAUCCCUCAUAUGGAAUACAGAACAAGACUCGAUGCAGAGUCUGGACCCUACCUGAGAGACAUUAUAGAUCCCUCCACCAUACCUUUACAUACUCUCCUCAGGGCAGAUUACCGUGCGGUUGGCACAGUUGGACCAGAAAAUCAGAACAUUUCGUAUUCCAACUUCAACAAGUCUGAAUUUUCGUACAUUGCGACGGCGGAUUAUGGGGAUUAUGGGUUGCCUACAGUGGCUAAUAGCCAAUUAUCAUUCAUCGCACUUGCGCUGGGAAACGCUUCUCCAAGAGACGUCAAAGGAAUGACCACUGGGAUAUCAUGGAUUACCUCUUGCAAACAACAAGUUAAUGGAACAGGAACUCAAAAGUCUUGGAAACAGCCUGUUGUCGCUGUGCAAUGCCUCGGGGGCACAGUCCGUAAUGAGAGCCUCUCAUUUCAUUUUUCUGCUUGGCAGUCGAACGAUAUGUCGACUCCUUUCCGAGUCUCCCUUAGUCUCAAUGACUCUUCGGCUCUUGCGGAUUUGCAUAGUAGCAAUUCCACCGACUAUCGCUUCAUCGACCUUCCAGUAAGUGAAGAAUGGCUGGUGAGUGGCAACAUACUGUUUGCCAAUACUGCUCGAAAUGAGGAAGACGAUAAGCCUGAGCGUCACUAUACACUCUGCCUAAUAUUUGCUCGUUGGGCAGAGGCUGAUACAUGGAUCGAGCUCCCCCAUUACUCGCGACCCUGGAGUCACUUCAACCCACUAGUAAAGUUCGAUAGAAACUCCAGCGAUGUUAUCCAUAUGGAUGGCAAGUGGUUGGAAGGCAUCUCAUCGUUCUCUAAUGGGUCGUUCCUUCGUUCCAUUGCAGACUAUUGUGUAGCUGACGACAGACGGGAGUGUCAAGAGCGGUUUCUGGGUCUACAUAUCACAGACGCGAUCUCUCAAGCGGGAAACAAUGUCUCAUGGCCCAACUACUUUGCAGGAAUUACAUCGUCAGAUGACUCAACAAGAGACAAGGUAGCCUACACUCGAUCUUACUACACGUACGCGUAUCGCUUUGAAAGCAGCCACAGUAUCCCAUUGGCAUUUUCUUUUCUUCUUCUGCAUGUUUUAUUAGUAUCGAUACACUUGAUUACAAUUCUUGUAUCGAAGGAUCCGUGGCAAGGCUCUGAAUGGGACAAUUUUGGAGACAUGUUGGUUCUUGCUCUUGCAUCCAAGCCGCCAGAUGGCGUGCAUGAUUUAACUCAGCAAUCUUCGAAAUCUGAAAUAUGGAGGAAGGCUGUCACAGUUGCUCGCGAUGGCGAUGAGGGGCACCGCCGAAUUUGUCUGGGAGAGGAAAAAGGGUAUCAGAGAGCAAAUGACGAGGAAGGAGGUCUUUGA